AUGCGUCUCUCAUUCUUACCCGUCCUCGUUGCGGGCGCUGGCAUGAUUGCCAGCCAAGUCGCCGCAGAGCCCAUCCGACUCAUCGUCGACGCUUCUGAGUCGAACCCCAACAUCCGUUUUGGUCAUGUCUUGGCCAACGCCAAUGUCAAUGGAAACGACGACUCACACGUCGGGCGCGUUCGCCCGACCUUCGUCGUGGCCGCCUCUACUGAGGUGAAGAGCGGUUCUGCGCAUCCAUUAUGCAACUCUAUCCGGGAGAAAGCAAUCCGUCUCUCAAACACAUUUAGACAUGCCCUGGGUCUUCCCAUUAUCGAAACUGGUGAAUACCACCACUCAGUCGGCGCUAGUGUCGUCGGAAAACCCCAUCACCACGAGGAGGUUCACAUCCCCGUUGUCACUCUUCCCAUCGUGGACACCCCUGAGACGUUUGUGCACGGUCACCACGCCCAGGUUGAGGAUCUCUCUGACCAGCCUCACGACGGACCUGUGGAGCGGCCCCACCAUCCCCACAAAGAACAUGAUCACAAACACAGGAAAUUCCGCAAGUUCAGGUGCCAUAAACGCGUAUCCACAAGGGCCUUGACUACCCUCGGUCCGUGGGAGGGUCGCGCCGUCGCUUUUGUCAUGGGCUGUGGUAUCGGUGUUCUAUUGCGUAUGUUCUGGGUCUUGUCCGUCCUCGUUUACCGCACCAUUCGAGGUGACCGGGAGGAGCAAGUACAUGAGUAUAUUGUGCUCGACCAAGAUAUCGAAACCGUCUUCGUUGCUCCCCCUCGGUACACCGACGAGAAACAUGAAUUCGUCGAGGACGAGAAACGCCCGGUAGAUGCUUGA